AGAGGGCGCCCGGUCUUUACGACACUCGAUCCCGACGUCAUUGUGUGUAAGGUACACAAAAGGAAAUCGAAUUUCCUUUAUAAUUCCUUUUACAGAGAAAAAACCAGAAACAGAGUUAUUUAAUUAAUCAUCUUAUACACGAUUUAAUAAAGUAAACUAUCUGUUUUGCAAAUCUCAAAAAUGCCUUCCGAUGCAAAAAAACGUCGCGAUGCCAAAAAGAAGGAGGCGGCAAAGAUGAGAAAUCAAAAGAAACCCCAGCAGAAGGCAGACGAAGCUCCCAAUGAUACCGGAGACCUGUUAAAUGGGAUUGCAAACAAUGACGAGUGCUUAACAAAUGGUGAUGAUUCGGGAAGUGUGGAAGUUGAAUUAGUGAAGAAAUUACAAAAGGAUAUGGAAUUGAAUGCCGAGGCGAGAGCUUGUACGGGUGUUUUGGGAGUACAUCCUAGAUCUAGAGAUGUCAAAAUUGAUAAUUUCUCCAUCACCUUUCACGGGGUAGAAAUUCUCAGUGAUACGAAAUUGGAAUUGAACUGUGGUCGACGGUAUGGUCUUGUCGGUCUGAAUGGAUGUGGAAAAUCCACAUUAUUGGCUGCAUUGGGCCGAAGGGAAGUCCCCAUUCAGGAACACGUUGACAUCUAUCAUCUGACCCGCGAAAUACCCGCUAGCGACAAGACGGCCAUCGAAGCCGUGCUGGAUGUCGAUCAAGAACGGAUACGUCUAGAGAAACUGGCCGAAGAACUAGUACAGUACGACGACGAAGAGUCACAAGAACAAUUGAUGGACAUAUACGAGAGGUUAGAUGACAUAGGUGCAGACAAGGCAGAAGCAAAGGCAGCUUACAUUCUGCACGGUCUGGGAUUUAGUAAGGAAAUGCAACAAAAGAAAUGCAAAGAUUUUUCGGGAGGAUGGAGAAUGCGUAUAGCAUUAGCUAAAGCACUGUACGUCAGCCCACACAUGCUGUUACUAGACGAGCCAACCAACCACUUGGAUUUGGAUGCUUGCGUCUGGCUGGAAGAAGAAUUAAAAAUGUAUAAGCGUAUUUUGGUAAUCAUAUCUCAUUCCCAAGAUUUCUUAAAUGGUGUAUGUACAAAUAUUAUACAUCUAAAUAAGAAGAAACUAAAAUAUUAUGGAGGUAAUUAUGAUGCUUUUGUGAAGACAAGGUUGGAGUUACUAGAAAAUCAAAUGAAAAGAUAUCAAUGGGAACAAAGUCAAAUUGCCCAUAUGAAGGAUUACAUUGCAAGAUUUGGUCACGGAAGUGCAAAACUGGCAAGACAGGCCCAGAGCAAAGAAAAAACAAUGAACAAAAUGAUAGCCGGCGGUCUGACGGAAAAAGUGUUGUCCGACAAGAUUGUUCAAUUUUAUUUUCCUUCUUGCGGAACGAUUCCUCCUCCCGUCAUUAUGGUGCAAAAUGUGUCAUUUAAAUACAGUGAAAAUGGGCCUCUGAUUUAUAAAAAUUUAGAAUUUGGAGUAGAUCUCGACUCUAGAAUUGCUCUGGUGGGCCCCAAUGGAGCAGGAAAGUCCACUCUGUUAAAGUUACUAAGUGGAGAGGUGGUUCCUAGCGACGGACUGAUUCGGAAACAUUCUCACGUUCGGAUUGCCCGAUACCACCAGCAUCUACAUGAACAACUUGAUUUAGACAUAACAGCAUUGGAUUACAUGAUGCAGUCUUUUCCCGAGAUCAAAGAGAAGGAAGAAAUGAGAAAAAUUAUUGGGAGAUUUGGACUCACUGGAAGACAACAGAUAUGUCCCAUUCGUCAGCUUUCCGACGGACAGAGGUGCAGGGUGGUUUUUGCGUGGUUGGCGUGGCAGGCGCCUCAUUUGUUACUUCUGGACGAACCGACGAACCAUCUCGAUAUGGAAACCAUAGACGCUUUGGCGGACGCCAUUAACGACUUUGAAGGAGGAAUGGUGCUGGUCAGUCACGAUUUUCGACUGAUUAGUCAGGUGGCCGAGGAGAUCUGGGUCUGCGAAAAACAGACUAUCACCAAAUGGUCCGGCGACAUCCACAGUUACAAAGCGCAUCUGAGGAAGCGGAUUAUGAAAGACUCCGAAAGACCUAAUUAAUUUAAUCGUCUCAAUUCGGUCGUGCCUGGCAGUUGUAAAUAAAUAUCGACCCUAGUUUCAUAAAAUAUCCUUAAUUAUAAUCCUAACAAUUAAAUACUCCGAUUAAGCACGCUCCACGAGAACUUAAUUUUGGACCGUCGAAAUCCAAAAUGCCAAACUUCUUGCCCAAGACUCCGUUCUUCCAUCACAGAAACCCGUCUCGGACUUUCGAUUCUACUCUUCUGUCCGAAAGUGCUUCGCACGCACCAAAAGUGAUAUAAAGCCUAUUUAUUGAACUAUUUUAUUGCAACGAUAUAGUAUUCGGGAUCAACGACCAUCGACGAUGAUAAACUAUCAUUGUUUUACGAAAUAAAAAUAGUUUAUUUUUGGUUCA